AUUUCAAUUUAAGCCAUGGAAACAAGAAACCAAAGUUCUGGGACAGAUUUUACACUUGUUGGUCUUUUCCAAUAUGGCGGAAUGAAUGCUGUUCUCUUUGCUGCCAUUGCCGUCCUCUUCUUGGUGGCUGUGCUAGGAAACGUCACCCUGGUCCACCUCAUCCGACUGGACAGCAGACUCCACACACCCAUGUACUUCCUGCUCAGCCAGCUCUCCCUCAUUGACAUGAUGUACAUCUCCACCACUGUGCCCAAGAUGGCGACCGACUUCCUGACAAACACCAAGACCAUUACGUUCUGGGGCUGUGAGAUUCAGACAUUCGUAUCCCUGAGCCUUGGCGGGUCCGAAGCCAUCCUCUUGGCCUUCAUGUCAUAUGAUCGUUACAUAGCGAUCUGCCAUGCCAUCUGCCAUCCUUUGCACUAUGCAGUGUUCAUGAGCAAGAAGAUCUGCUGUGGCCUGGUCACAUGCACCUGGUCUAGCGGUGCUGUCAACUCCUUCAUACACACACUGUAUGUUUUCCAGCUUCCCUUCUGUGGGUCUAGGGUCGUUAACCACUUUUUCUGUGAAAUUCCGUCUCUACUGCCAUUGGUUUGUGAGGACACCUCCCAGUAUGAAUAUACCAUCCUGCUGAGUGUACUUUUCAUCCUGUUGCUGCCUUUCGUGGCCGUCCUAGCGUCCUAUGCUCGGGUGCUCACUGUGGUAUUCCAGAUGCGCUCAGGCGCAGGGCAGAACAAAGCUCUCUCCACGUGCUCCCCCCACCUGAUUGUGGCCAGCCUCUUCUACACAGCAGGUCUCUCCACAUACACGCGGCCUCACUCCUUGCAUAACCCUGCCCAUGAUAAGGUGGUGGCAGUGUUUUACACCGUGGUCACACCCCUUCUGAACCCAUUCAUCUACAGCCUGAGGAACAAGGAGGUCCUCGGGGCCCUGAGGAGGCUGCUGGGAUGA